UUCAUGCGCAGGCGCGUACGGUGUGGGGCCGCCAAGAUGGCGCCGGUGGAGCACGUUGUGGCAGACGCCGGGGCUUUCCUGCGGGACGCACCUCUGCAGGACAUCGGGAAGAACAUCUACACCAUCCGGGAGGUGGUCAGCGAGAUUCGGGACAAGGCCACGCGCAGGCGGCUCGCGGUGCUGCCCUACGAGCUGCGGUUCAAGGAGCCCUCUCCGGAGUACGUUCGGCUGGUGACUGAGUUUUCAAAGAAAACUGGAGACUAUCCCAGCCUCUCUGCCACAGACAUCCAAGUGCUGGCACUCACUUACCAGUUGGAGGCAGAGUUUGUUGGAGUGUCUCACCUAAAACGAGAACCGGAAAAGGUGAAAGUGAGCUCGUCCAUUCAGCACCCAGAGACUCCUCUGUACAUUUCUGGUUUCCAUCUGCCCUGCAAGUCUCACCCUAAACCUCCACAAGAAACAGUGGAUCAUGGACACCCAGCAGGUGAGCCUGAGAACCUGGAAUUUAGUUCUUUCAUGUUCUGGAGAAACCCUCUGCCUAACAUCGACCGCGAACUGCAGGAGCUACUGAUUGACAAAGAUGAGGAUGUCCCAAGUGAGGAGGAAGGGGAAGAGAAUGGGUUUGAAGAAACGAGAGAAGAAGGCAGUGAUGACGAUGGGGGUGGCUGGAUAACCCCCAGCAACAUCAAGCAGAUCCAGCGGGAGUUGGAGCAGUGUGACGUCCCCGAGGAUGUGCGGGUUGGCUGCGUGACCACAGACUUCGCCAUGCAGAACGUUCUGCUGCAGAUGGGGCUGCACGUGCUGGCGGUGAACGGCAUGCUGAUCCGCGAGGCCCGGAGCUACAUCCUGCGUUGCCACGGCUGCUUCAAGACAACCUCUGACAUGAGCCGAGUGUUCUGUUCACACUGUGGGAACAGGACUCUGAAGAAAGUGUCUGUGACGGUCAGCGACGACGGCACCCUGCACAUGCACUUCUCCCGCAACCCCAAAGUGCUGAAUCCCCGAGGCCUCCGCUACUCACUUCCCACUCCCAAGGGGGGCAAGUAUGCUGUCAACCCUCACCUGACCGAGGACCAGCGCUUCCCUCAGCUGCGACUCUCCCGGAAGGCCAGGCAGAAGACCAACGUCUUUGCCCCUGACUACACAGCCGGGGUCUCUCCCUUUGCAGAGAACGACAUCUCCAGCCGGUCAGCCACCCUGCAGGUCCGGGACAGCACCUUGGGUGCUGGAAGGAGACGCUUAAACCCCAACGCUUCCAGAAAGAAGUUUGUGAAGAAAAGGUGAAGAACAACUUCUGCAGACAAACCAGGGCAGCCAGACCGUGGAGCUCCAGCGGCUCCUUCCUUCCCUGCUGUGUUGUGCCAGAACUUUCUGGGUGGACAUGACAGGGCUGCCUCGGGACUAGCCAGGUGUCAGGCUGUGAUGGAGCAGAGCAAGCCCUUGGCCUGUGAGCUCCCAGCACAGGAUUCCUGCCCCAGGAAGGAGAACUCGCUGACAGCACAAGCACAGUGCUGGAGCAGACCUUCGGAGGAGGAAUCUUCCAGAUGAUAGUAUUUUUCUAAUGUGGUUGUGAACACUUCUGUGUGUUUUUACCAAACACCAAAUUUUUGCCUCCUAGGUCAUUUGAAGGCAAACAUUUAAGCUGUAUGUUCAAGGCUCAGCCAUUUAGAUUUAUCAUUUUGCCAGAAAAUAAAAGUAUGUUAUAA